UGUUCUUUAUGAUCACUGAGCCCGACUGCCAAAAAUAAAUUGCCUACCUCACUUUCGUCAUGGGCCUGGAGCUUGAAGGCCCACGUUGGAAUAUGGACUAACAAUAUGUGAAGCAUUAUCAAAGUUAAGAAAUGCCGAGGUCUAAAGAGUCGUUGAACUUUCUUCUGGUGUCAUCUCUUCUCCAUGUAGCAUCCCAGGUUCUCAUUAAGACUGUCAAGACUGUCACCGCCCGCCUCAACACGUCUUUAGAACAGCUCCUUAAUCUGCACCGACAUGGCUUCUUCCACUCCAAAAAAACCAAGGAGUGCUGCAAGUGUGAUCAAGGAUUCAGGAACUCCUCGUCCAUCCUGACCCUGGCAGAAUGGAAUCGACUGUUCCAGAAGACGGACGAAGAUUGCGAGCGAGCAUCACAAGCAGAAUGCAGUUGUUGUUACCAAGCUAACAACGACAUUGACCCUGACUGUUUCACUAUCAACAUAUCAACGUGCAUUCUUGAAAGAUCGGUUGCUUUAGAAGAAAACGAACUUAGAAACAUUCAGCAGAUUCGGGAUGCCAACAGAAAGCUUGUAGACAGGAGAGAAGAGGCGACAUUGUCAGAAGAAGAGUUCACCUCUUUGUCCAGUGACCUCACCAAAGUCCUCCAUGACAUGAGUAAGAGACAUGGAGAUGAUUAUUAUAACGACAUAGUGGAGAGUAUUCAAAGAAUCGACAACAAUGAACCCAAUGACGAGGAGGCCAAAAGGAUUCUGGAGAGGUUUGAUCAGGAUAAUCAGGUUCCUCCGAUAUCAGAGGAUAAGAGAGAAAUACUUCGUCAGCUGGAGUAUCAGAGAGAUGACUCCACAAGGUCUGACGUCUCCGUGUGUGGUUCUGACGUAGAGGACCUACCAGACGAUAUUGGUGAACAAGACCCGCUAGUACAAGCUGAAAGUCAGAUCCCCAAAAAUGAGGACGACAGUUCCGUAGAUUUGGGAGAUAGCGAUUUUGACGAUGAAGACGAAGAAAAGGAAUAUGGAACACUUCUCAGGAGGAUGAAGGAGAAAUUUGACUACCUCAGUGAAAAAUGUCUAACUGUAGGGAAGGAACUGAGUAAUGUUCGUCUACGAAUGGGAGGCUCCUGGACAGUUCCUGAAAGUAAAGCUCAACCAGAGGAAGUCCUUAGACAAGAGCUGAGAGAGAUUGAAAUGAUGAGGAAAUUUAUCGACAAUGAUUUGGAUGAUGAUGUACGUAAAAUAUACCUACCUUAUGAAGAUUUCCAUAUCACCAAGAGUCCUGGAGUAAGUCUGGACCCUGCAUUCAUCAAGCCAACAUGUUACAGACAGGAGCGAGUGCUACCUCCAGCCCGUCCCACCUUUGUGACGUAUGCUCAAAGCCAGAUGAACAGAAAGAAAUUCUCUAAUGGUCUUUCCUCGAUCAGCAACAUGUUCAGGAGAAACCUGCAUGUGGCUAAUGACUGGACACUGGACCCAAUUCCUCGGAAGUAUGACCAGGGAAUCUCAUUGAAAUCAUCAACUGAUGAUAUCAAGCCAAAGUCCUUUCCAGUAGACAGCUCCAUUUCCAGUUCUGGAAAUGAAAAGGAGGACACAUCAUCGGCUUAUAAAGAGAAUAACUUUCUGGGAAAUACUCGAAUUCCUACAGCUGUUUUUAAAAUAGAUUAUGCCAAAUAUGAAAAAUGCAUAAAGGAUUCAGAGAAAGCUUUGGUAGACACCCAUAUAACAGGAAAAGACGCUGGGAGUAUUCUCUGUGAAAGACAACAUGGGCACUACCUGCGUAUGUGUGAGCAGCAAUCAAAUGAUCUCAUGAGAAAAACGGAAAAUUUAAAGCAAGAUAUUCAGCGACUCAGGUCAAGAUUUGACAGUUGCGAGCAGCUGUUUUCUGAAAACUUAAAGAUAUAUCAAACUAUGCCACUUUGUCAGGAUAUGGUGGAUAGUGAGGUUAAAACCCUCCCUGUAACUUCGUCAUUUAAUGACACGUCACGGUCGCCUGUACUUCCAAUGAAAUAUCAGACUUCCACUCCAAGAUUGACAGGCAAGCCAAUCACUGCAGGAACAAGGUGGAAUGAGUUGGCUCUGAACUUAGACGUUGGAUCUCUAGCGUCAGAUGAUGAAGAAUCAGUUCUGGAGAAAAGGCACGGCGACUCCCUGAGAAAGUUACAUGCUGAGUGUGAAAGCCUGAAACAAAGGUGUACUCGAUCAAAGAGGAAUCUACAGGAAGCACGUGAACAAAUGACUAAUUCUUCAUCACACUUGGACUUGUGGGAAAAUUCUCACUACGUAUCUAAUUCUAAAGACGACUUAGUCGGACUGGAUAAUGAAUUAAGCGACAUAAAGUGGAAGCCCGACACUUUGAAUGAGUCUUAUGAUUCGGCAUACAAUACUUUGGCCAGUGGAAGAUCCACGGGGUAUAGCAUAAAAAGUCGUCCUACCUCUUCCCGAUCUCCAUACACAGACAUCAACAUACCUUCUGUUACCUCACUGGCCACACCUAGGAGACAGGAGGAGGAGGUCUCACCGGCGUACACCCCCCGGUCCAUGUAUUCACCGGGGUACGAAAGCGGUGACGAGGAACCCGUACAAAAUUACUACACUCCAACCAAGAUUACAAUUCCAAAACAUCUUGAGAGGAAGUCUCCAGUUCUAAAGAUGCCAAUACUCCAAAGGACACCAAACUAUUCCCCAGUUAAUUAUGACAAGGAGGAAUUCGAAGGGGACGAGGAAGAUUUUAUUCAAGAUGAAGAACUAGAGAUGGAAAAUCAAUAUGGAGAGUUCCUUGAUCAAUGCAAGUCUAACUUCUUGGCCAUCAGUGCUAAAAGUUUGGAGUUAAAACAGGAAAUCCGUCGUCUACGCUUUGAUAUGGGCUUACCAUUAAACAAGAAACAAGAGUCAAAGUUAUCCCCGGUGCCAGAAAGGCGUUUGAAUAUGAAGUACAAUCUGAGAAUCCCCAGGAUAGACAUUAGUUUGGAGAACCGGGCUAAUAAGGUGUCAACGUAUAGUGCAACUGAGAAACACCAAGAAAAUUGGGCAUAUACAGAUUCAUAUGAAGAAAACGACUACGAACCGAGCAUUAGUGCUUUUGAAAAGGAGUUAUCGGUAGCAGAGGAAAGCUAUGGAACUUUUCUAUCAAGCAUGAAAUCCAAUUUUGACACCUUGAACGAAAGAAGCAUGCGCACAAAAGAAGAGCUCCGGGCUCUUCGUAGGAACAUGCGCACGCCGACAAUGUACGGAAGUGGAGCCUGCGGAGGACAAGUAUACAACCAACCCUACUUUAGUAUGCCAAUGGAAUUAAGUAGUUACUGAGGCCGUGUGAGCUACAGAACUCUGAUCAGCUGAUGAACUAACGAUUUUGGUGUGAACAAUUUGAAAUGUGAACUCAAAAUGAUAACCUUUAAUUGAGAAACGUUAUGGUAAUGAAGUUCGAUUUCAUAUGUGAUUAUUUCUUCUUCAAACAUGUAAACAAGACAAAUUUUGUAUUUCUUUUACUUUGCGUGUGUGUGCUUUUUAAUAGACUUGGUGAUGGGUUAAUUACUUAUUUUUUCCCACAUAACCUAAAUAAUUUCGAAAAUUGUGGGAAAAUUUUUCGAAAUGAACCAAAUUCCAAGUUCUUAGAACAAAACUGUGAAAUAAAUCACUUUAUAUAUUGCAAUGACCAUAUGCAGACUUAAGAAUCAUUGGUCUAGAGCUAAUAUAAUUUGUGUAUCAAAAUUAAAGAUUUUUAAACAUUGUUCUUUCAUAGUACUUAAUGUAGACUUGAUUUUUUUUUUCA